AUGAUACCCAUCAUGUCCAACAACAAUGACACCCUACAACGACUGGCGGCAUUAGAUACCUACCCUGUGGUGACCAUUCUGGACACUACUCUAGGGAAUGUUACAAAUAGUUCUGUAUCAGCUGAGGAACUCCUCUUGGCUCGUAUGGGACCACGGCGGAAGGAUAUGACUUCUGUUAUCUUUCUUCUCGUCAUUUAUUUGUUGAUAUUUGUGUCAGGAACGUUUGGGAAUAUCUGCACGUGCAUUGUGAUAAUUAAAAACCAUUACAUGCAGACCACAACGAACUACUUCCUGUUCAGUUUGGCUGUUUCCGAUGUCCUCAUACUUAUAUUCGGAUUGCCGCAGGAAGCGUAUACAAUAUGGGAGGCCUAUCCAUGGAGAUUUGGAAAGGAGUUUUGUAUAUUCAAGGCGAUGUUGUCGGAAGUGACGUCAUAUGCAUCGGUUCUAACCAUCACUGCUUUCACAGUGGAACGAUACGUCGCUAUAUGUCAUCCAUUGAAAUCGCACAAGAUGACAGACUUGGGACUCACUAUCAAGAUUAUUAUCGGCAUCUGGAUAUUUUCUUUACUCUGUGCUAUUCCGUAUCCAAUCCACACGAGGAUAUUCUAUUAUGUAAAUUAUCCUGGGACCAACACACCGAUCCCUGAUUCUUUGUCGUGUAAUAUCCCUCCGCCAUGGCAGGCGCGGAUGGGGAUCAUGUUUCAAGUGUCUUCCUUUCUCUUCUUCAUCAUCCCGAUGACGCUUAUCACCGUCCUCUAUAUCAUGAUCGCCGUCACCCUCCGUCGCACGACUCUAAACCGGGCGGGGUCAGAAGACUCGACUCGGGGCAACGGGACCUCAUCACAUUCCAUAAAAGUAGUCCUCAGGAUGUUAGUUGCCGUUGUUGUGGCCUUCUUUGCAUGUUGGGCGCCCUAUCACGCCCAGCGACUCAUGACACUGUACAACACCAACUGGACACAACUCCUACUCGAAGUACAGAGUCAUCUUUUCUUUAUAUCAGGUAUUCUGUAUUUCGUGGGAUCCACUGUUAAUCCUAUUCUGUACAAUGUGAUGUCUAAACGUUACAGACAGGCUUUCAAAGAAACGAUUUGUUGUUGUAUUUGGAAAAAGUCGCUCUAUAAUCAAAGAACGUUUAUGAGUUACACCGUAUUACAAAGGACCUGUAGCAACUCACUUCCGGAAAACGUCACCGGAUUGGAAAGGAUCCUGUUACGAAGACUCCAUUGUAGAAAAUGAUCGCACACGUAUGAGGAAUAUGGAACCUCCUGCUUACGACGAACAGGUUAA